AUGAAGGUUAGCUUGGAGGGAGAGAAGGUAAUACUUGUACCAUACAUGAAAGAGCAUGUCCCAAAGUACCAUCAAUGGAUGCAAGACCCUGCUCUUCUUCAAGCCACCGGCUCUGAGCCGCUAACCCUGGAGCAGGAGUACGAGAUGCAACUGUCCUGGACCCAAGAUCCAUUGAAGCAGACUUUCAUUGUUCUGGACAAGGUAUUGGUGGUUGGAGACUUCAUGCAUGGAGAUUCGCAUGUGGAAGCCAUGGUUGGUGAUGUGAAUAUAUACAUGAAUGAUUUGGAUGAUCCUCAAAUGGCAGAGAUUGAAAUAAUGAUAGCUGAACCCAAACGUCGUGGCAAAGGACUUGGGAAGGAAUCAAUUUUGAUGAUGAUGGCUUUUGCAAUUGAGAAUUUCGGCAUUCAUAUAUUCCGCGUCAAAAUUGGAGAAUCAAAUGAAGCUUCUCUCACUCUGUUCAGGAAAUUGGGGUUUAUGGAGGCAUCUUACAGCGAAAUCUUCAAAGAGGUGACACUGGAGUUAUCAAUAACAGAGCUGAAGUGUCGGGAGCUGCACCCUUUAGUUGGUAAUAUGGUUACACAUUCGUAA